AGACCGGGCAGGCGGGCCCGCCCGGACGGUUUUGGGCGCGGAACGCUGACGGCGUGGGGAUGUGUUCCCAGCCGGGGCGAGUGGCCGAGCAGAGCCGGGCUCUGAGCGCUGCGAACGUCGGGCGCCUUGGAAACAGACGGAAGCCGGGAGGGAGCGGCGGCGGCGGGAAGAGGAGAAGGAGGAGGAGGAUGCUGAGCCCUGAGCGGCUCUCGCUGCCGGGUCCCGAGUACCUGGCUCAAAGACAUGUCCUCACAUACAUGGAGGAUGCAGUGAGCCAGCUGCUGGAGAACAGAGAAGAUAUUAGUCAGUAUGGCAUUGCCAGGUUCUUCACUGAAUAUUUUAACAGUGUGCGUCAAGGAACACACAUCUUGUUCCGUGAGUUCAGCUUUGUUCAAGCUACGCCUCAUAACAGGGCAUCUUUUCUUCGGACCUUCUGGAGGUGUUUCCGAACAGUGGGGAAAAAUGGAGAUUUGCUGACAGCACAGGAAUACCACUGCCUGCUGCAGCUGCUCUGCCCUGAUUUCCCAAUGGAACUCGCUCAGAAAGCAGCAAGGAUUGUGCUGAUGGAUGAUGCUAUGGAUUGCCUGAUGUCUUUCUCCGAUUUCCUUUUUGCUUUCCAGAUCCAGUUCUACUACUCAGAAUUCCUGGAAAGUGUGGCUGUCAUUUACCAAGAUCUACUGGCUGGUAAGAAUCCAAAUACUGUGAUUGUGCCAACAUCAUCCUCUGGGCAACAUCGACAGCGCCAACUCCCAGAUGACUGCAGCCCGCUUGAUGGGGUAGAGGCAUUUCUCUUCUACCAGUGCCUGGAGUCCUUGUGUGACAGAUCAAAAUACAGCUGUCCACCUUCUGCUCUUAUGAAGGAAAUGUUGAGUAGUGCACAGCGAAUGACCUUCUAUGGAUUCCUUAUGGCACUUUCAAAGGAUCAGGGGAUCAACAGAGCCCUAGGGGCUUUGCCAGAUAAGGGAGACUUGUUUCUGGACCCUGCCAUGGAUCAGGAACUUGAUAAAUUCAUUUGUCUUUUCUCUUUCAGGGUAGCUCAGGUUUCAGGGCUUUCUGUUUCCGGUCCCACCAGCUCCGGCGGGGACACGGCUAAUUUGCCUGUCCGUAACUCACCCAGGAUUAACUCUCCCUGGAAACCUCUACACCAUCAGCAAAAAAUGGACGCUGAGAGCGAAGGCUCCAAUGGAGAGACAGACUCCUCUGAGAACUGAUGGUUGUGAGGAUGGGCACCAUUCCCAUCUUGGGUUUCUCCAGAACCCACUAGAGGAACAGCACCUCCUCCCACAGCACCUGCUUUGAUGGUGGGUUCUGUCCACAUCACUAGUGUGCGCGCAGCUCUGCCAGUCCCUAUUACCAGGUCCACCCGUCUCUUCCCAGGAAGAACCCUGCCUUUUUCCUAGCUCCAGAUUCGUGCAGGAAUAGCUCCUCUGCAGAAGCCAUUUCCAGCUGCAGAGUUAUGCUACCCUCUGCUGGCACUCAAGACCAACCAGCAGACGCGAACUCUACCUCCACUUGGAAAUACCUGGGAAUUCUCUCACUGGGACUCUCCAUCCAGUUCAGCAGGUGCUGGAGCAGUGGGAGUGCUAGGGCAGGCCACUUGCCGGUGAUUUGCUGUGUAACUGCGUUCAGACUCAGCCUAGACAACAGAGUGGUUAAAUUGCCAGCGGCAGCUCUGCACUCAUGCUCAAUUAUAGUUAUGCCCAGUAAAGCUGCACCUGCGUAUGAUCAAAGGUAUAGAAGUUCCUAGAAAAGAAGGGGUUAGGUAUUGCCAUGCCACCUGUCUCUGCUUCCUCCUCCAUGUCUCCACGACUUGCCAAAGCAAAUAUAGCAAAUAAGCUAGACAGCAGUAAGUACUGCAUGGUGCUGUCUGUCUGGCUCCUGUGCUCUGCUGAGUUCCCUUGUGAGGCUUCCCACUGCCUCCAACAGGGUUUUAAGGUCAUUUGGAAAAGCAAGCUUCAGAGACAUUAGAGGAGCAAGAGUCUUCAAAUUCUUUGGCCACAGGUGGUGUGCCUUGCAGACAUAUAGCGCAUCUGCUGGGGUCAGGUGGGCAGAAGCACUGGGGAGAAAGCAGCAGUUAUCAAAUGAGGCCUGGGUAAUUUUUGGUAAAUAUUGGCCUUGUUGUAGCAUCAUAGUGUAGCCCUUAUGACUACAGAAAGUAGCAUCUCAUUGUGUUAAUGGUAACUAACUCAGCAGUCUGGACUCUACGGCCCCAAACACUUUGUCUAGCCCCGCUCCUGUGCCUCAGCUUGCAUUAAUUAUUUCUUGGGGAACUUUAGUUUCUCUUGAGCCUUUGGGAGCCUCUUUGCUCUUGUUCAUAAAACUCUGCAGUGUGGCCUACUAAGAGCUGGUAACCCAGAGCUUAGAGCGGCCCUAAGCUGAGCAGCUUCAACACAUGCUGGAGCUAGUAAGACUAAUCCCAUAACUACCGCUGAGCCUGUACCCCAGCCCCACCUGCAGCGGUACCAGGAGGGGUUACUCAUUCAUUUUAUUUUAUUGACGCGCUCACUAACCACGCUUUCUCUCCCAGCCACCAGCGAGUGACUGCGCCAACCGGGCAAUAAAGCACGCUGCCUCGGGCCA